CUUUGAUUAUUGAGUUAAAAACAAAAUGCAGGUCUGUGUUUUAUCAUUGUUGAUAUUACUGCAACGUUUUGUAGUGGAAGGCAGAAUACAUACUUUGGCAUUACAGAAAGAUGAAAGAACUUCAAUCCUUCUUAAUUCGUUCGGGUAUUUAGAAGGAGGCUUACUUGAUAUUGGUGUCAGCAUGAAAUUCCAGCUUUCUGAUAUUGAAAAACUGCAUGAAAAAGUUGGUUUUACUGUGGAUUUAUCAAGCAGUGGCAAUGCAUCAACAUAUGUUGAACACAAUCAAUUAGUGCGAUCUAACAAAUGUAUUCUUAAUCAAAACAUAAUUCAAGAAGAAUACGAUAAUGUUCCACGAGCUUUACUUGUCUAUGAUAAAGAAGAAACAUUGAAGGUUUAUGAUCGUGAUUUGAACAACUUAACAUUCUAUGAAUGUGCUGAUAGUUGGAGAAAUACUGGUGAUGAAACAACUACAACCGCAGAUACAACAAGCAGAACACAAAGAGGUAGCACGUUAGUAGUGCAUGCCCCAACGUUACAAACUGGAUUCAAAUUCGUUAAGUCCCUCCCUGCCCCCACCUCACACAUCGGUGCAACAAAUAAAUUAGUUGAAAUACGAACGAGUUUCUUCUUCCAUGUUGACAAUCAAGUACAGGAAGGAUUGUAUGAAGUUUAUUUCCGCAACUGUUUGAUCCAAGAUGAUACAAAAUCCACGUUGCCGGUUACUAUGCAUGUUAACAUAACAGCAAGAAACAAAGGGACUUAUCUAUCUGCUGGUGAAAUAGCUCUCCCCACCAUAUAUGGCGUUAUGGCAACCAUGUUUUUUCUCACUGGUUUGGUUUGGUUAUAUGUCUUAUGUUCAACUAAGAACCCAGUUUUCACGAUUCACUAUCUCAUGGCUGCACUCAUAUUCACGAAGGGUCUCUCAAUCACAUUUCAUGCCGUUGAUUAUUACUUUAUCGGAAAAGAUGGGAAACUUGAAGCAUGGGCCAUUAUUUUCUACAUCAUUCAUUUGUUAAAAGGAAUCCUUCUGUUCAUGUGCUUGCUGCUUAUUGCUACGGGGUGGGCAUUUAUUAAAUACAUUUUGAACGACCGAGAAAAGAAAAUAAUUAUGGUUGUCAUCCCAUUGCAGGUGAUCACUAACGUAGCUUACAUUAUAAUGGAUACAGAGAAAGGAAAUUCAUUAUACCAAUCCUGGGCCAGUGUUAUGGUAGCUGUGGAUAUACUUUGUGUGGCGCUUGUUAUUAUACCGAUUAUAUGGUCAAUACGUCAUUUACAAAGUGCUUCUGAAACUGAUGGAAAAGCUGCAAUGAAUCUUGCCAAGUUAAAACUAUUCCAAAACUUCUAUGUUCUUAUUAUAUUCUACCUGUACGUUACACGCAUAGUAAUCUACAUUAUGAAUGGAACGCUUCCAUUUCAUUAUCAGUGGCUAUUCAACCUCUUCCAAGAACUUGGAGCGUUUCUAUUCUUCGUGAUCACCGGUUACAAGUUCCGACCUGGAUGUAACAACCCGUAUCUUCAAGUUCCUCAGGAAGAUGAUGAAGAAAGUCAUGCGAUUACCAAGUCUGGGAUGAUGGAGAAUGUAAACAAAGUAAACCAGCGUGAAAAAGAUGUAGAAGACACAAAUGAAGAAGAUUCACUUUUACCAAAACAACGCAUGAGCGUUGUAUAAUAUUCAAGUUUAUAACAUGUGCAAUAUUUAACACUACAAUGGCUGUGGACAGUGGUAUUUAAAGUGCAUAGGGUCGUGUAUGGCUAGAUAACCACAUGCUACUGAAUUACAAUGAACAUGUACACAAUAUUAUCUCGUAACUUAAUAUUGCUGACUAGUUGUUUUAUAUUUAAAGCUUAACCGCCGAGCAUCAGAGCUUAUUCUCACGAAAACACAUUGGUAAAAAACCUAUUUAAAAAUAAACAAAAGGGAUAAGUUCCUUUAACCAUAGUAACAUCCCUGUGUUUAAAUGCCAAGUGUGGAACAACAAAUCUUAUCCCAAGAAUUUAGGAUAUAAAUUUGUAAAAUGCAGUUUUAAAUGGGAUUGACGAUAAAUGUUGGCCAGUAACGGCCACCAUACCGAUGUUAAGUUCUGUUCUACACAUUGCAUUUCCAUGUUCAUUAUAGGUAGUGAGAAAUAUUAUAUAUAUUGACGGUAUGUGCUUCCAUAGUUGCGUUGCUAUUUGGAAUAUUUAACGUUCUGUGCUACCCAGGUAUUUGUGCUGUAGUUGUUGGUGUAAUAGUUGAGAUAUAUUAAAUAAAAGUAUCUUCAAGUUUU